AUGACCUCCCGUUUCCUUGUCACUGGUCUUCCCCGGUCUCUCCCUCCCCUUCCCCCGGGGCCUGCCCCUACCUGCGUUCCUUGCGUCGAGGGACGGCAGCGCGCCGCUCCUCACUCCUCCGAGUUCCCUCCGACGGAGGCUCCCCUGGAGACUCUUCACAUGGACGUGUGGGGCCCAGCCCGCGUCCGUGGACAGGGUCACGAGCGUUACUUUCUGCUGGUCGUUGACGACUACUCGCAUUACACCAGUCUUCCCCUUGCGCCGCAAGGUUUUACCACCCCACCUCGUGCUGUGUUCUGUCCUCUCAGGACGUCACGUUUGACGCGUUGGUUCCCUACUACCGUCUCUUCCCCUAACGCACUGCCCCCCUCCCCCCCCCCGCCGCUCUUUCUAGCGCCAGGUCCUCCCCCGGUAGACCCCCUCCCCCCUCAGGGUCCUGCCCCCUCAGGUGUGUCCCAGGUAGAUGCAGUCGAGCCUGUCGAGGUAGCUGUUGACUCUGGUGCUGCUAGGGGUGCUGAGCCUGUGGGUGCCGGGUCUGGGGGUGCUGAGCCAGGGGGUGCGGAGUCUGGGGGUGCUGAGCCUGGGGGUGCUGAGCCUGAGCGUACGGAGCCUGGGGGUACUGAGCCUGGGGGUGUUGAGCCUGGGGGUGCUGAGCCUGGGGUUGCUGAGUCUGAGGGUGCGGAGUCUGAGGGUACUGAGCCUUUGCGCGAGUGGUUUGCUCGGCGCUGGAGCCGUGCUGCUGGAGCUGGUGGUGCUGGAGCUGGCGGUGCUGCUGGGGCAGGUGCUGUUGGAGGUGCUGGAGCUGGCGGUGCUGCUGGAGCUGGUGCUCCUGGGGGUGCUGGAGUUGGCGGUGCUGCUGGAGCUGGUGCUCCUGGGGGUUCUGGAGUUGGCGCUGCUGGAGCUGCUGGUGGUGCAGCAGGAGUUGGAGCUGACGCUGGGGGUGCUGGUGUUGUCUCUGCUGCUUCUGGAGGCGCUGCGCGGCCGCGGCCAUACUUCGUUCCGCUCCUUCAGCAGGUUCUUGCGUCCCCCUCCUGUCCCCGGCACGCACCAGAUGGCACUGCGUCCUUCCACUGCUCCGCAGGUGUCCCUCUUCCGUCUCCUCCUGCGUCCUCCCUUGCUGUCGGUCCGGACUCGGAGUCUGACUCCCUUCGUGCUGCUAGUCCUACUGUCACGUGUCUCCUGGCCACUGUUGUCACUGACCCUUCUUUUGAGUCUACUGCUGCGUCGGCUCUUGUUGCUGAGCUUGUCGACUUUGCUGCCCACUGUCGUCUAGACUACGCCGCUAGUCUUGUUGCUGAGUCUGAGUCUGUCUGUCCUCCGUCCGUCGGGGGUGAGUGUGCUCUUAGCACGGACGUCAUUGAGGACAGGCAGGAGGAGUUCCAGUGUUUUGUUGCUGCUUUACCUCAUCUCGUGUCCAUGCUGCUUGCCUCUGAGGGAGACCCGGAUGCACCAGACAUCCCGACCCCGCGCUCUUACGUAGAGGCGAUAGAGGGUCCCUACUCCUCUCAGUGGCAGACAACCAUGGAUGCAGAGAUGGCCUUUUGGAAGUCCACAGGCACUUACGUUGACGAGGUUCCCCCAUUUGGGGCGAACAUUGUCGAUGGCAUGUGGAUUUUCAGGGUGAAGCGGCCGCCGGGUUCUCCGCCUUUCUUCAAGGCGCGUUACGUUGCACGAGGCUUCAGUCAGCGACAGGGAGUUGAUUUCUUCCAGACCUUCUCCCCUACCCCGAAGAUGACCACUCUUUGGGUGCUGCUGCACGUCGCUGCUCAGCGUGACUACGAGCUUUACUCUCUUGACUUCAGCACAGCCUUCCUACAGGGCAGCCUGCACGAGGAGAUCUGGCUGCGCCGCCCACCUGGCUUCACUGGGUCGUUUCCUCCUGGUACCCAGUGGAGCCUCCGGCGGCCAGUCUACGGUCUCCGCCAGGCGCCUCGUGAGUGGCACGACACAUUGAGGACGACACUUGCGGCUCUUGGGUUUACUCCUACUGCUGACCCGUCGCUGUUUCUACGCACCGACACUACUCUCCCGCCGUUCUACAUCCUCGUGUACGUUGACGACUUGGUCUUUGCCACUGCUGACACUGAAGGACCCGCCCAUGUGAAGUCGGAGCUGCAGAAGAGACACACGUGCACAGACCUGGGUGAACUGCGCAGCUAUCUUGGCUUGCAGAUCACCUGGGACAGAGCAUGGCGCACCAUUACCUUGAAUCAUGGUGCAGCAGGUCCUUCAGCGCUUCGGCUUCACGUACUCCUCGUCCAAGUCCACUCCUCUGCCUACUCGCCACUCGCUCUCAGCUCUGCCUUCGGAUGA